AUGUCCUGCUUUGAUUUGGGGCUAGAGAAGAAACCUGGGGGCCACCCUCCUUUCCUCCUACCACUCUUUGCCCUCCCAGUUUCUCCUGCCCCUUUUCUACCCCCAGUUCCUCUUUCCCUGCUGACUCUAGGGGCCAGGCCACAUAAAGCCAGGCAGGGCUACAGAAGCCCAGUACUCAACAUGACCUCUCAAGUGGAGGUCCCUCGGUUCCUUCUGCCACUACUGCUGUUGCUGCUCAGUCUGUCGGCCACAGGUUCAGAUCCUGUGCUCUGCUACACCCAGUAUGAGGAACCCUUGGCCACAUGCCAGGGCUUCCUGGGAGAAGAUGUCAGUGUUGAAGACUGCUGUCUCAAUGCUGCCUAUGCCUUUCAGAAGCCUGGCAGCAAACUCUGUCAGGCAUGCAGGGCCCCUCAAUGGUCACCAUGGUCUGCAUGGUCCACCUGUUCAGUGAGCUGUUUGGAGGGAUCCCAGCUGCGUCAUCGGCGUUGUAUAGGCUAUAAUGGGCAGUGUCCUGAGAAGGUGGAGCCAGGAACUCUUCAGUGGGAGCUGCAGGCUUGUGAGGAUAAGCCCUGCUGUCCUGAGAUGGGCAGUUGGUCUGACUGGGGACCUUGGACACCUUGCUCUGUUACCUGCUCCAAAGGAACUCGGUCCCGCAGUCGCAAAUGUGACCACCCUGCCCCCAAGUGUGGGGGCCACUGCCCUGGAGAAGCAAAGAAGACAGAGGCUUGUGACACCAAGCAGGUCUGCCCCAUACAUGGGGUCUGGGCUGCUUGGACCCCUUGGGGCCCCUGCUCAGUCUCUUGUCACGGGGGAGCACAUCAACCUCUGGAAAGACGAAGCCGCACCUGUUCUGCACCUGUGCCCUCUACACAGCCCCCAGGAAAGCCCUGUCCAGGGGCAGCCUAUGAACAGCGGACCUGCACUGGCUUGCCACCCUGUCCAGUGGCUGGAGGCUGGGGUCCAUGGGGUCCUAUGAACCCCUGCCCUGUGACCUGUGGCUUAGGCAAAAUUCAGGAAAACAGGAAAUGUGACCACCCUGUGCCCCAGCAUGGAGGCCCAUCAUGUUCUGGUGCUGCUACCCGGAUCCACAUCUGCAACAUGGCUGUGCCCUGCCCUGUAAAUGGAGAGUGGGGGCUCUGGGGACAGUGGAGCACCUGUAAUCGUCCAGGCACAAACAUUGACAUCAAGUGUCAAGAAAUCCAAGGUCAGCAAUUACGCUCAAGGAGCUGUAAGGGCCGCAAGUUUGAUGGCCAGCGAUGUUCAGGAAAACUACAGGAUAUCCGGAAUUGCUACAACAUCCAAAACUGCCCAUUAAAAGGCGUAUGGUCUGAAUGGAGUACUUGGGGUUUAUGCAUACCUCCUUGUGGACCCAAUCCCAUCCGCAGCCGGAAACGCAUCUGCUCAGCUGUGCUCCCCAAGUUUGCAACCACCAUUAUUGCAGUUGAAGGUCAGGAUGAGAAGAACCUGACUUUCUGGGGAAGACCACUGGCACAGUGUGAGAUGCUACAGGGACAGAAGCUUGUGGUGGAAGAGAAACGGCCUUGUCUACAUGUGCCUACCUGCAAGGACCCUGCGGAUGAGAAGCUCUAAUAUCUCUAUUCCAUUCUAACCCCCUGACCUCCCAGAGAUCAAUAAAUCUGCCUCUUCUACUGAAGUA